GUAACGCCCUCUCCGUCUUGGGCAUGCGCAGUGUAUCUAGAGCCGGUGAGAACGAUGGCGUCUUCAGCUGCUAUCUGUUCCUCACGUUGGAUUACAUCCGUCGUGUCCUCUGGACCUCGAAGGGCAGCCGGUUCCCUUUUAUCCUCUGAUAAUGUGGGGUUCCGGCGGUUUUCUACCCUGGGAGAGGGGUACCUGUGCCGCGGAAGGGGCCAGUUGUGCGGCAAAGAAGGAAAAGCGUUGACAUUGAGAGGGCUGUCAGGCCUCAAACCCACCCACGCCGUAUACACAGCGUCCUUCCACACAAGUGUCCCUUGGAGCAGCAAGCAAGACUUCUACCAGGUUCUUGGGGUACCUCGCACCGCAACUCAGAAAGAGAUAAAGAAAGCGUACUAUCAGAUGGCCAAAAAGUACCACCCUGACACCAACAAAGAGGAUCCACAAGCUAAAGAAAAAUUUGCUCAACUGGCUGAGGCAUAUGAGGUUCUUAGUGAUGAAGGGAAGAGGAAGCAGUACGACACUUAUGGCUCAGCAGGGUUUGAUGCUGGUCAGGCAGGAGGAGGGCAGCAAUACUGGAGAGGACAGGCCAGCCACAUGGACCCAGAGGAGCUUUUCCGCAAAAUCUUUGGAGAAUUUUCCGGAGGCCGAGGCUUUGGAGACAUCAACUCCAUGUUUGAUCAGCCACAAGAGUAUAUGAUGGAGCUGACAUUCACUCAGGCUGCAAAGGGAGUCAACAAGGAGUUGCCUAUCAACAUAGAUUUGACGUGCCCGCGCUGUGACGGUAAAGGCCAUGAGCCGGGCACCAAGGUUCAGCACUGUAACCACUGCAACGGCUCCGGCAUGGAGACCAUAAACACCGGCCCGUUUGUGAUGCGGUCCACGUGCCGUCGCUGUGGUGGCAAAGGGUCAGUCGUCUCUACGCCCUGCACCUUCUGUCGGGGCUCCGGGCAAACCAAGCAGAGGAAGAUGGUGAUGGUUCCGGUACCUGCAGGGGUGGAGGACGGUCAGACAGUCAGAAUGCCUGUUGGAAAGAAGGAGAUCUUCAUCACAUUUCGGGUCCAAAAGAGCCCAGUGUUCAGAAGAGACGGGGCAGACAUUCACUCUGAUGUUCAUGUCUCUGUGGCACAAGCCAUCCUGGGUGGCACGGUCAGAGCACAAGGACUUUACGAAACGCUGAAUCUGUCUAUCCCAGCAGGAGUCCAGACUGACCAGAGGAUCCGUCUGACAGGAAAAGGAAUUGCCCGAGUUAGUGGUCAUGGCUUUGGUGAUCAUUACAUCCAUGUAAAAGUAAAAAUACCAAAAUCUCUGACGGACAGACAGAGAUCCAUUUUAAUGAGCUACGCUGAGGAUGAGACGGACGUGGAGGGGACGGUGAACGGAGUGACUAACACCAGUACAGGUAAAAGAUCUUUCUCAAACUGAGGCGGGUUAAAGGACGGAGGACAGAGUAAAGCAAGGACGGCAUCAUCAGGAGCCACAGAGAAACGAGAGCUGGGGGUUGAGUCCUGGAGACUUCUUUGUGAUGGCUUAUUAUAAAAGUUCCUGCCAAAGUCAAAAGAUUCAUCCUUGUGUUCUUCUGAUGAAGUGGAUCAAUAGACAAGAGGAUGAGUCCGUUUGUUCAUCACCUCCCUGUCAAACGUCUAUGGAGGCCAGUGUUACUGUAAAGACGUGUCCUGUCUCACAGCAUCCAGUGCUAAACAGAAACAAUGAUGGUAGCAGAAGCAGAGCCUAUACAUGAGAAUAAAUUAUUGUGAUGGUGAAGCCUUUCGAAACAGAGGAAAGUCAGAUUAGGAUUAAAUCCUGUGGGUAAUCUGGUUCUGUAGGAUUAGUCGGACUUGGUGAGUGCGUUGGAUGGGAGAUGUAGACGUGUUUUUACAGGUGAGGGCCCGCUUUCCUUAAUGAUGAUGCUUAAUUUCACCGCUUUACCUUUUUUCUUUUGUACCAUGAUUGCAUUUAUAACAUCAACAGUUCAUUUAUGCAUCAUAAAAUCACAGCAGCUAUAGUAACUCAGUUGUUUUUAUGAACGAAAACGUCUCCAUCAGCCAGCCGCUGUGUAACCAACCAUGACUUCUUCUGUCAAAGCAGAAAUAAACCCAGUAUAACUCA